CUUUUAAACAUGAACUUGCCCGUCCUUUAUGACAAGACAAAUUGCUUAUUUGAUUACAUAAAUAUUUGAUACAAAUAUCAACAUUGUUCUCCUGCUUUAAAUAGAAAAGACAUCAAUGCUCUAAUCCACAGUACUCAGCACAUAAAAGUUCCAGGUACUCAGAAACAUACAAGCAAGGAUCUGGAAUCACAUGAUAAUGUCCUUCCUUUGCGAUUACCAAGAGCAUGGUUAUUAUAAGAGCACCGUCGUUACUAUUACAUCGUUCUCGUGGAUGCACAUCUGCUACACAGGGAGCGCUGCCACUAUCCGAUGCAUUAGUGGGGAUGCCUGUACAAUAAUUUGGAUAAAAGAGCUUUUCGUGCAAUUUAAAUCGAUGGAACAAAGGUUAGAGCACUUUCGUCCGUGCUGUAUAUAUACUCCAGAAUUACAUUUAAAAUUAUGCUCUCUAUUGUGCAUAAUUUUAGAAUAAUAAAUUAUGCAUAAGUUUUUAGCACUCUUUUAGUCAUAGAAGAAAUCAAUUUUAAAGGUAUAACCACGUGUUAUCUUAUUAAAUGUCAAAAGGGUUCAAGUAAAGCUCUCUAUUGUCCAUUGGUUUAGUAGAAAAACGUGUGCCAUCAUUUACUGAACCAAUCGACAAAAGAGAUCACAUGGACGAGUCCAAAGCUUCACCCAAUAACGAUGGACGUGGAUAUGAUGUGUACUGUUUACAGGGACAAUGCUUCCGAAUACAGCGUCCUAUUUUUUGAUUUAGUGUGCCCAAAUGUUUUACAAGAAACGAUGCAGAAACAAGACAUUGAUGGAUCAGAAUUCUGGCUUGGGAUCCUUUCUCCGCGGAGAAGGCAUCGCAAUUGCGCACAGUGUAAUCGUAGUCGAUCAGCUGGGGAAAGGGUCAUCAUUUCCAUCGUCAAA